AUGAGUUCUUCGAAAUUUUGGAGUGCAAUUAUCUCUCCUGAUAAACCCUGCCAAAUUCAAGUGCCCGAGGAUAAAAUAUUAAUGAUUUCAAAUGCAUGCCUCUCAGAAUAUUCAGAAGAAAAUAAAAAUGAACCAACACGAAUUGUAGUUACAAAGCAUGAAACACCAAUUCCAGAGGAUCCUAUUAUUAUUGCUACGCUUAUUCCAGAAAAGAAAGAACAUUGUGUUUUAGAAUUUAAAUUUACUGUUGAGUUUCCAUGUACGAUAUCGGUUCGAGGAAAGGGUACCAUUCAUUUAGUCGGAUUUUACAUAAAUCUUAAUGAUGAAAUUGCCGAAGAAGAAAAUGCAGUAGAAACAGGUGACGCACCUGAAGUUCCUCUUCCAAAUCCGUCUGAAAUACAUUAA